CAGUUUGUUAUUGUUUUGAUCGUAUAUAGGAUUAUUUUACAUUUAAAUUCUAUGGAUAAAUUGGUAAAGAACAGCUUGAAUAAUCUCUGCCGAGGGUGUCUGCUGAAUUUAGACACAGCUGACAGUGUUGUUUUCGCUUUGUGUGACGAAUCAAGUAGUUCAGAGAAGUUUGAAUGCUGCACUAAUAUAAAAAUCUGUGCGAGCGAUGGCUUGCCGACAAAUUUGUGCAUGGAGUGCAUGGACAAGUGCAAUUCAUGGUACGACUUCAAGAAACAAUGCGAAGAGUCGAACGAGAUCCUGCAGAAACUUAUCCACCAGCGGGAAGCGACAGAGGCUCCUCUUGAACACCUCGAGAAUGCUAGCGCUUUGGUCUUCACCUUUUCCGGCAGCUCAGCAGAAAUGCACGAACUGGACAGCGUGAUUCUCUCUGAAAUUGACUUGGGCAUAAAAAAAGACAUCGCAGAGGAUUCUCAAGUUGCUCUGGUUGGUGAAAACUCACCGGACAAUUCUAGCAACGAGGCGGACAUUGAGGAGCCCAGGAGCGCAAGGAAAACGAAAUCUGCCCGCAGUCAGCAUCGAUGUGCGAGCUGCAAGAGGAAUUUCAGGAACGAGGAACGCUACGAAGCUCACAUGAGAGAACACAAAGGGCUCAAGCCAGAAGUGUGUAAGAUCUGCAACAAGGAGUUUAACAACUUGAGAGCACUUCGGCGGCAUCGAAUAAAGCACAACGACAUGAAGCAGUACUCUUGCCAGACGUGUGGGAAACAGUACAAAUACGCCACAUCGCUCACUCUCCACACGAAGGUGCACAAGAACAUCCGGUGCUACAUCUGUGAUCUCUGCGGCAAAUCUUUCAUCCGCGCCCACGGUCUGCAGAGUCACAUGCUAUCGCACUCCACGGAGAAGCCCUUUUCUUGCAGCACCUGCGACAAGACCUUUAAGAACCAGGUGAUGCUGAAGAACCACGAACUUCGCCAUAACGGUGUGAAGAGAUUCAUCUGCUCAGUGUGCGGGAAGUGCUUCACCACGUCGCCUGAACUGACUACGCACACGAGGAGUCAUACGGGAAUCAAGCCGUUCAAGUGCACGAUGUGCGAGAAGAGCUACAAGACCAAGAGCCAUUUGGCUGUUCACAUGAGAUGCCACACAGGACUGAGACCGUAUGCCUGUGAUCUGUGUCCGCAGAAGUUCGCCCACAACAAGGUGCUGAAGCAACACAGAUUGACGCACACGGGAGAGCGUCCGUAUAGCUGUGAUGUGUGCCAGAGACCCUUCCGGCAGAAGAGCACCCUCAAGGCCCACCUGAAGACUCACAAGCAAGUUGAGCAGUCGCCUACAAUGGACCAAUUCUCCGUGGCUUCUUACCUUGGCGAUGGCCAGACCAUAGAGAUGUCACAAAGCGAUUAUAUAUCCAUGUAGAUUUACUUAUCCUCAGAAAUUUCAUCCAGA